AUAUUAUCAACGAUCAUUUUUUUUUGUAUGGCCUUGUUAGUAUCAUGAAAUGGGACAUAUCAAAGUUUGCUUGUUGAAAGCCACAAACAGGACAGGUAGGUGCAACUCGCAACACACGAUGGUGCAACCUUACAGAAAAGAACUUGCAAAGUAUUUUGAGAAUAAUGAUGAUGCCAGGAGCUUAACCUUUCUGCUACCACCGCUUAUGGAGGAAGACUUUGCUCAUGAAGAGCUUCACAUAAUUGUAGAUGCUACCCAUCACAUGGAGCACAUGGAGACCGAUGAAAUCACUUCUGGACUGCAAAAGUUGUGCAGGCAGAUCACCAUCAGAUGCCGAUCUCGACUUAGGGUUCUCCGAAGGAUAUAGAUUUUGACUGUUGAUAACAGGAUUGUGUGAUCAAAUCUUAUAUUCCUCAUAUAUUUUUAUAUAAAAAAUUAGUUUAUUAAUGAAUCGAAUAGGCUUGGAUGCUGAGAUCCUGAUCAAAAUUUUGAACAAGAGGACCCCUUAGUUUCUUUUGAAUUGUGUUAAGAAUACUCCUGAUAAAUGUAUGGGGUGCAAAUUCUCUCAUGUAUUUUGAGAGGUUAAUAACAUUGCUCACUGGUUAGUACAA